AAUAAGAGAUCAGUAGAGAGGAGCGGAGAGAGGAAGACAGGAAAAAAGGUUUGGUGAGGCGAUCGAGAUCGAGAUCGAGAUCGAGAGAGAGAGAGUGAGGGAGAGAAAGGGUAAGGGAAGCCAAACGAAUGGCGGCGGCGGCGGCGGCGUCAUCUCUGGCAACGCAGGUCUCGGGGCUCCGCCGCGAGGUUCUCUCGCGCGAGUCUGCCCCUCCCACCGCCCUCUUCCUCCGCAGCGUUCACUCCCGGCUCCGCCUCCCGUCGAUCCGUCGCCCUCACAGAGGUGUCGUAGCCAUGGCCGGCACCGGAAAGUUUUUUGUUGGAGGCAACUGGAAAUGCAAUGGAACGAAGGAUUCUAUUACCAAACUUGUAGCUGAUUUGAAUGAUGCUAAGUUGGAAAAUGAUGUAGAUAUUGUUGUAGCACCUCCAUAUAUCUAUGCUGACCAGGUCAAGCAAUCAUUGACUGAUCGUAUUGAGAUAUCUGCUCAGAAUUGUUGGGUUGGAAAAGGUGGAGCUUUCACUGGAGAAAUCAGUGCAGAGCAAUUGAUAGAUAUUGGCUGCAAGUGGGUUAUUCUAGGCCACUCUGAGCGCAGACACAUUAUUGGUGAGGAUGACCAGUUUAUCGGGAAGAAGGCUGCAUUUGCCUUGAGCCAGAAUCUUAAGGUAAUUGCUUGUAUUGGAGAGAAGCUAGAAGAGAGAGAAGCAGGAAAAACCUUUGAUGUCUGUUUCCAGCAGAUGAAAGCUUUUGCAGAUAGCAUAUCAAAUUGGAUGGAUGUUGUUAUUGCAUAUGAGCCUGUGUGGGCAAUUGGCACCGGAAAAGUGGCUACUCCCCAGCAGGCUCAGGAAGUGCAUGCAGCUUUACGCGACUGGCUUAAGAAAAAUGUCUCAGCUGAAGUUGCAUCUUUUACUCGUAUCAUCUAUGGAGGUUCUGUGAAUGGGAGCAAUUGUUCAGAACUUGCUAAACAAGAAGAUAUAGAUGGAUUUCUUGUUGGAGGUGCCUCUCUAAAGGGCCCAGAGUUUGCCAUUAUCGUCAAUUCAGUGACCUCGAAGAAAGUUGCUGCUUGAUGAUCGCUAAACUCAAACCUUCCAAGACCGAAGCUCCAGCCUAAAGCACAAUUUUGGUAAUCCUAUUCGACUAAAAGAAGCGAGGAAUAAAUAAACGUGAAUCAUUGCAUACAUUUGGUAUUAAAUGGUUUGAUUUUUGCUAAAUUGUGGCCAUAUUAUAGUUUUGUAAUAUGAUUUUGCGUAGCAAACUUCUACAAAUAAAUCUAUAUAGUGUCUUGUUUUGACUU